UCCCAUUUGGCCGGAAGUGGAAGUUCAGUCUUUUCCGUCUUCCUCGGCCGCUUUGCAGUUGUGAGUGUCUCUCCUGUGGCUGGACCUCCCAGGCCACGCGCUGCCCCCUCGCCGCCGCCAUGCCCCGAAAAAUUGAGGAAAUAAAAGACUUUUUGCUCACAGCCAGGCGAAAGGAUGCCAAAUCUGUCAAGAUCAAGAAAAACAAGGACAAUGUGAAGUUCAAGGUUCGCUGCAGCAGGUAUCUGUACACAUUGGUCAUCACAGACAAAGAAAAGGCAGAGAAACUUAAACAGUCCCUGCCUCCUGGUUUGGCUGUGAAGGAGCUGAAGUGAAGGAAUCAUUCACUGUUCCCACAUGUAUUAAAAUUUUGAAGAAAAAUAA